AUGAAUAUUAGCCGUCGAUGUAUUCGAAUUAUUUUUGAAAUAUUAUUAUUUUUUUGUAUCUUUUUUAAGUAUGAAUUUGCAAGAGGUUUGUAUGAAACGAAGGCAUAUCCAUUAAUACACUUAAUUAGUAAUAAUGAGGAUACAGGGUUUAGUGGUAAUUUAGUUAAAGGCAAUUUAAUAAAUUUACUGUUUCUAUAUAAAGAUGUAAAAUGGGGAGAGAACAAUUUGACAGUGGAUAGUUUAGUAGAUAUGGAGGAUGAAACGCAUAUAGAGAGAUUAAUAAAAGAAAAGAUAGUACACAUUAUGACAUUUGUGAACCCACGUCAACUGGUAAAAUAUUCGGGGUUUAUAUAUUUGUAUGAAAUAAUUCAUGAAAAUAAUUUAUACUUUUUAUUGCAUUUUAUUUUGAAAAAUAAUAAUAAUGGAGUUAUUAUAAUAAUUCCAGAAAAGUUGCAUAUAGAUAGGGAGGAAUAUUUUAGAAUAAAUAAAAUAAUAUCAAAGGAUCAAUACAAUAAUAAAGAUAUUACAGAUGAAAUAUUAGAAAAAAGGAUUUCCUUUUUUCAAAGUUUACUAUUAAACUUAAAAUUAAAUCAGUCUAUAUAUUUUAUAAAAAAUAAUGCAGAAAUAGAAAAUAUUUAUGCAAAUUAUAAGAGUAGAUUUGGUUAUUUUGAUUUAACAAGAAAUGUCAAUAUUAUUCCUAUUUCGAAAAACCAACAAGCUAGUAAGAUAAGUUCAAAAAAUAUAUAUUUUUUUUUAAGUAAAGAUAAUAUUAAUAUUAAUUCCAUAUUUAAGAAAAAACAAAAUAAUGAAACCUUUCAUUUUACAAAGAAGAAAACCAUUAUUAUAGCAACAGAUUAUAACGUUUUUAACGUUAUUAGCGAUUUUACGAUACCUAAUACUUCAACAAAUUCUCAGCUGAUUGCAAUGUGUGAAUUAAUUAGACUAUACACAGAAGUUUUUAAAAAUGAAGAUGUAAAUUAUAAUAUAUUAUUUCUUUUUACAAAUUAUUAUUUUGGUGUAGACAAUUUUAUCAAAUCUGUUAAUAUGAUAUUUAAAGAAAAUAUAGAAUUUGUUAUUUCUUUAGAUAGUUUAAAUGAAUCUGAUUUUUAUAUUAACGAAGCAAAAAAAGAAACACAACCAGAGCAUGUUUUGCGCUUCUAUGAUAUAUUAAAACGAACUGUUAAAACUAAUUUUAAGAAAGAUAUAAAAAUAAAAAGUCAGAAUAUAAAAAUUAAUAAUAAACAUCUACCAAAACUUCAUGAAUAUUUUAUUUUGAAAAAUAUUAACAGUUUUACUUUGGGUUCAAAAAAUAAAGAAUCUGUAUUUCUUAAUAAAUUACCUAUGAUUGAACAAAAGUUAAAACUAGAUAAUUUGACAAAGCAUAUAAAAAGUAUAUUUGAGGCUCUUUUUAUAUAUAUGAAACAUUACAAGGAGGAAAUAUCAGAGGAAAAACAAAUAAAGAAUGAUAUGUUAAAAUAUACGAACCAUGUUAGAAGUAAAGAUGAUUUAGAUCUCCUUAACGAAAAUUUCAACAAAUAUUAUAAAUUCUUUGUGUAUAGAGAUGAUGUACUAAAAUUAAUUAAUUAUAUUAAAACGUUGAUUAAUUCAUAUAUUAUAGACUCGAAUUUUUUAAUAACAGAUUAUAGAAUACCAUAUGAUAAAAAAGAAAAAUACUUUUAUCAAAAACAUGUUAAUAUUACCUUUUCCAUGUCCAUCUCUUAUAUCUUUCAUUACUUGCACUUUUUACUUGUUGCCUUAUUUCUUAUUUUAAUAUACGUUUGUGUAAAUUUUCACUUCGUUCCAUCAUUUUAUAAAAACAGAAUGAAAACUAUGUAA